AUGAGCGGGUUUCGUGGUUCCAAACUUUACAAUGUAAAAAAAAAAAGUCAUAGUUGGCUCUCGAUAACGACUCCAUUUCUACCAAACAGUAAAGAAAAUAUCGAUCUACCACUAAACAUUAUUGCUGACGAACCUGACGAUGUGAUAGCUGACGGGAUAUUGGAGGAGAUAGGGUUUAUUAAAUUUUACAAAGAUUUGAUCGUCUAUAUUGAAGAAUUGUCACAACAACAUUACAAAUCAUAUCUUAGAGAAAACAGGAAAUCUAGAAAAAGUAAAUUGAUGAACGAUAGCAACGAGAGUUUGCAACAACAUCAGGAGGCCCAGUUACAAAACAUUCGAGAAGAGAAUGGUAAAGAACAAUUACAAGAUCAACAAGAAGGGUAUAAGCCACCAUUUAAAUUGCAUAAAUUCAGUUAUGAUUGGCGUCGUUCAAAUACUUCCACUACUAAUAAAUUUCUCGAGUUUCUUCGAGACAUUUACUCGAACAACGGUCAAAAGCCAAUCUAUGUGAUUGCUCAUUCUAACGGUGGUCUGAUAACCUUGUCUGCUCUUCACCAGCAACCAGAACUAUUUGCUGGUUGUAUAUUUGCCGGUUCAUUAUUUCACGGAGCACCUGGGAUUCUUCAUACCUUCAAAUACGGCGACAAUAUAUUGUUCAACAAGCGAAUUCACGAUGAAGCCGCCCAUUUCACAUUGCGAUCCGCUUAUCAUUUUUUGCCAGCGCAAUACGACAAAGUUUUUAAGGAUAGUGUCAGUGGAGAGUAUUUAAGCGAAUAUUUGGAAUUGGGUAGUAAAAAGGAAAGAGCCGAUUAUUUGAAAAUGGUUUUGGAUGAUACCAAAGCAUUUCAUGAGACAUUGAAGUUGCCUAAAGAUAAAUCGAUCAAUUAUCCACCUUUGGCAACUAUAGUAUCGGACAGUCAUUCUGCAACUAGUGGCUUUCAUGUUAAACUUGAUGAUGACGGUAAUAAAUUCACAAUUCUGUAUGAUCAACCAAUUCGGGUAAAAGGUGAUGGCGCAGUUCCAUUUACAAGUACUAGAUUGCCUGACGGUAUACCAUAUGAUGUGUUUCACACCACUCGUGUCCAUAGUGAAUUAUUACAAGAUUUAGUUACUGUUGGUAAAGCAAUUGAAAGGGUUUUUGGUAAAAAAGAAGUAGUAGAAGAAAAGAUUUUAUAA